AUGCUAGCACGGUUUUUUAGCAAGCGAAUUGAGAGAGAUGAAGAUGAAAAAGUUUUGGCUUUUAAGCCUUCUGUGAUGCAGCUGGAAGAGAAUUACCAAGAAGGGAAUGACAGGCAAUCAUGUAGAUCCAACUCCAGUGUUAUUGCCAAAAAUUUCUCACAGGGUUGGUUCAAAUAUGCGUCCAAGUGCCGCAUGUUGUAUGCCUCCACUUUGAGCCACUUCUACACAUCUCUCCAAAGAUAUCACAGCCUUUUGGAAGGAUCUGUCCAAUCAACAAUUGUGUUGAUGAUAUUUUUGGAGCUGUUGCCAUGUUCAUAUGCAUAG